GAGCUGUUACUGAAGUGACCAGCUUGUUGCUUUCCCUUUAAACUGUGCAACUUCUAUAUUUCUGUAACAUUGCACCUCAUCUACAGUUCUUCAAGAGGAAAAUGCAAACCAACUGAAAGACAUAGCUCUACUUUACCACAAAAGCACAUCACUGGAUUUGGGACAAGAACUGAUAGAAUGUGAUUACUUGCCCCUGAAGAAAAAAUUGACUUUAUGGUUAUAGUUAAGCUGUCAGUGCUUCAUUCUAAACAAAUUCUUUUUGGUCUCUUUACGUUUUGGACAUUUGGAGACUGAACAUUGACACGGUGCACGACAAUUGUAUCUUUAGGUGUGCCAGGAGUGAAAGCUAAAACCAGUUUAUCGAGCAAAAACAUGGGAAGAGGUGUGUCCAGAGGUGUACUCAUUUAUCAGUGCUAAGAUCACUGCUUGCUGCAAACAAUAGGAAAGCAGUAGGAAUUGACAGAAGUAUUCCUUGGAGUGGAUAAAGCCAUGGCUUCCCCAGAAUCACCAGAGCCCAGCAAUACUGACCCUCCAUCAGACUGUAUAAUACCUGGAGGCACCAAAUUACUGACCAACAUGCCUGACCUUCUCAUGGUACCUGAACUUGUUUUUGGUGCAUUAGUCUGGAUCCUUGUGGCUUCUAUCAACGUUGCUGAUAAAGUCAGCCAAGGCUGGGUGAUAUUUGUCUCCCUCCUCCUUUUUGUGUUAACGCUGCUCCUGCUGAUCUGUUAUUUCUUCGGAUAUCCUCGGAACUCCACAGCCUGGUGCUUCUUGGAUGCUUGCUAUCACGGUGUUGCAGCUCUCUUUUAUUUCAGUGCUGCGGUCCUACAGGCUAAUUCUACAGUACGUCACCAAUUCCGUAACGACAAGAUUUACCAAACUGAUGUUGCUGCAACGAUAUUUGCAUUUGCAGCAACUGUGCUCUAUGUUGCUCAUGCAGUGUUCUCAUUCAAAAGGUGGAAAUCAGUGUAACUGUCUCCGAGCUGGAUGGAAAGUGAACGUUCAAGUUGUGAAAAACAUCUCAGAAAGUCGAUUUGUCUCCUCUCAAUGUAUAUCACAGCCAUACGAUUAUGUAUUGAAAAUGGGGUGUUAAUUUUGUUCUGUUAAAGUGUAAUCUUGUUGUAA